AUGGUGGGAAUCAUGACGCCCAAGGGGCUCCUGUCGCUCUUGCUGGCAGCUCCGGCCUCGGCCGAGAUCCUGUUCGCCACCUCGUAUAACGACCAUGCGCUCUACACGCUGAGCCUGAACGCGUCGUCGCUUGCCGUCGUGGCCAAGUCGUAUGACUGCGGGUCUGAGCCGACGUGGCUGACCCUCGACUACGCAAAGUCGGUCCUCUACUGCCUGAACGAGGGCUGGGGCGGCGCCGCCUCCAUCACGUCGUACAAGACGACUGGCGGCGCCCUGUCCAAGCUGGAUGUCCUGCCGGUCCUCAAGAGCCCCGUGGCCUCGACCCUGUUUGGGCCCAACAAGACGGGGCUGGCUGUUGCCUACUACGACACUUCGUCCUUCAUCACCUUCUCCGUCGCCGAUCCGUCAAAACUGGCUCUGCAGCAGCAAGAGACGUACAAACUCGCCUCGCCCGGCCCCGUUCCCGACCGCCAGGACGUCCCCCACAUCCACGAUGCCAUUCUCGACCCGACAGGCAAAUAUCUCGUGGCCACAGACCUCGGUGCCGACUUGCUCCGCAUCUACAAGAUUAGCAAUUGCGCCAAGAACGUCACCGAGCUGACGCCAGUCAAGGCGGUUCCCGGGUCUGGCCCGAGACACGGCGCCUUUGCGACGGCUGGCAAGAGCACGUAUUUCUACAAUGUCAAUGAGCUGUCCAACACCAUCACCGGCUACAGCGUGUCGUACGACAACAAGUCGGGCCCUGCCUUCACCCGCCUCUUCGACUUCAGCACGCACGGCCCGGGCGGCACGGUCCCCGCCGGCACCAAGGCCGCCGAGCUGGUCGUCUCUCCCGACCAGAAGUUCGUCAUCCUGUCGUCGCGCGGCGAGAGCAGCCUGACGAUCCCCAACUUCGACGCGGGCAACUCGACGGCGCUGCCGUCGGACCCGCUGGUGUCGUUCGCCAUCGACGGCGCGACGGGCGCGCUCAAGCUGGCGCAGGUGGCGCCGGCCGGCGGCGUCAACCCGCGCGGCUUCUCGCUCAACAAGGCCGGCACGCUCGUCGCCUCGGCCCUGCAGGACGACAACCGCGUCGUCGUCAUCGCCCGCGACCCCGCCACAGGCCUGCUGGGCAACAUUGUCGCGCACGCUGUCGUGGGUGUCGGUGCUGGCAACGGGCCCAACUACGCUCUGUUUAAUGAGUAG